UAAGGAGAACAGGGAACGAUGACGGACACCCCUCCCACUGAUGCCCCUUCAUCCGGGGGAGACUUUGACAUGAUGAGUGCCCUGGAUUGGAAGGAUGGGAUUGCGAGGCUCCCUGGGAGUGACAUUAGGUUUCGCAUGACUGAGUUCGGGACCCUGGAGAUCAUCACAGACAUGGACACGGACGCUGCCCAGCCCAGCAGUGACGCCCUCACAGCCCAAACUCAGGACCCCACGACGUCACACAGCCCCACCCCGCCGCCUGAAACCGCCACAGAGCCCGACCUGGCGCCCCCCUCAGAGCCUGAAGAUGCUCCCCUGGCUCCGGUGCUCAUGUCCCAGAGUCCUGUGGCCCUGGAAGAGGCCCCCAGCGUGGAGGUGGCGAGCUGUGGGUCCUGUGGCGUCUCUGGGUCCCAGGAGAGUUUCCUUCAGGGCAAGUUCUGCAGUCCUGGCUGUGUCCAGCCUUCUAGCGGCAGGUCAACUCCGGGCGAUCAGAGAGACAGGGGCAGGGCGACCCCCAUUCCUGUUGUCGAGGGCGACCGGCUGGGAAAGCGCGUGAGGAAGAAGAGGAAGAUGUACAUGGACUCUGGUGACGAUGAUGAUGACAACCCAGAAGAGGAGGAGGAGAAGGCCAAGGCAUGCAAAGGAAGGCGGGCAGCUAAACUGGCCAGGCUGGUUACGGCCACGCCUUCCAAGAAGAAAGCGUGGAGCUGGCCAUCUUACCUGGAGGAGGAGAAGGCCAUAGCCGCUCCUGUGAAGCUUUUCAAGGAGCACCAGUCUUUCCCUCAGAGCCGGAACACGUUCAAAGUGGGGAUGAAGCUGGAAGGGCUGGACCCGUGUCACCCCUCACUCUUCUGUGUCCUCACCGUGGCUGAGGUCCAGGGCUACAGAGUACGCCUGCACUUCGACGGCUACCCAGAGUGUUAUGACUUCUGGGUAAACGCGGACUCCUGGGACGUGAAGCCGGCGGGCUGGUGCGAGAAGAUGGGACACAAGCUGCUGCUUCCCAAAGGGUGCAAAGAAGGAGAGUUCAACUGGAGCACCUACGUGAAGAACUGCCGGGGCCAGAUCGCCCCCAAACACCUCUUCAAGAGUCUGAACACGUCAGUGACUCCCUCGGGGUUCCGUCCCGGGAUGAAGCUGGAGGCGGUGGACAAGAAGAACCCCUCCCUCAUCUGCGUGGCCACCAUCUCCGCCGUCGUGGACAACCGCCUGCUCAUCCACUUCGACAACUGGGACGACACCUACGACUACUGGUGCGAUGCCAGCAGUCCUUACAUCCACCCUGUUGGUUUUUGCGAAGAAGCAGAAUUAACCCUUACUACACCAGCUGAAUACAAGCAGCCGAAGAGCUUCUCUUGGGAGAAGUACCUGGAGGAGACAGGUACGCAGGCGGCACCUGCCCGAGCCUUCAAACAGAGACCCCCCCACGGGUUCCAGGUGGGCAUGAAGCUGGAGGCUGUGGACAAGAGGAACCCCAUGCUGAUCCGAGUGGCCACCAUCGCGGACACGGAGGACCACCGGCUCAGGAUCCACUUUGACAGCUGGAGUAAGGAGUAUGAUUACUGGGUUGAUGCAGACAGCCCCGACCUGCACCCUGUGGGCUGGUGUCAGAAGACGGGCCACCCUCUCCAGAACCCUCAAGGGACACCCGAUGCCUCCACACUGCUGGGACAGGGCUGUCCCACCCCUGGCUGCAACGGUGUGGGACACGUCCGAGGACCACGCUACGGGACACACUACACGGCGGUCAGCUGCCCCUACUCCGAAGUGAACCUGAACAAGGAGGGGCUGGUACCAGACCGGCUGAGCGGGGAGAGGCCCACUGCGUUAGCCGGGCCACACCGGGGCCGGCGCUCAGAACCACCCACGCCCACCCCCACCACCCCCGACCUGCCAGAUGGGCCCGACGACUCACCCCACUCCAGCGGCGGCAGGAAGUCGUGGAGUGUGGAGGGCGAGCGUUCGGGUCGCAGCAGCACCCAGAGCCUGUCGGAUCCCUCGCACUGUGGAGACGAGCGGACAGGGGGCGCCGGAGAGCAAAGCCACAACGGCACAAGGCCCAAGAAGUCUGGACAGAUUCCAAAGUGUCUGAAGCUGCACUUUGUCAAGCAGGAGAUGGCAGAUGGAAAAGAAGGCCCGGUGAGUCUGCAGCAGGCCCUGCAUGAGUCUGUGUUCUCCCCGUCCUGCUCCUCCAGCCCCACGCAGCGCAUACAGAUGUGCUGGGAGAAGCACUGCAAGCUGCUGCCCGAGGUGCUGGGCCUCACCGCCAAGAGAGUGGCCAAGUGGAGCGCCGAGGAGGUUGCCAGCUUUGUUCGAGGCCUGCCAGGUUGCAAAGACCACGCCGCGACAUUUAGGAAUGAGCAAAUCGACGGAGAGGCGUUCCUGCUCCUCACCCAGGCUGACAUAGUCAAGAUCCUCAGCAUCAAACUGGGGCCCGCCCUCAAGAUAUACAACUCCAUCCUCAUGUUCAAGAGCGCCGACGAAGAGUGAGGAGGGGGAGAGAGGGGGAGCAACAACAUCACUUCCUGAGCUGUCAUCGCGCAGCAGAACUGUAAACCCGACAAGAACAACAGUGCAAGUCUUCCUUUUCAUAGUGGUAAGAGACAAACGAACAGCCACACGUACAAUUUGAAGAAAGAAAAGAAAAAAAAAACGUUUUGUAUUGUAAUAUAGUGUAGAUAUGGUUCUCAAAGACGAGACUGUUCUUGGUGUGUAAAUGAGUCCGAUGUGGUCAUCGAAGAGCCAGUCUAAAACCAGCGGUUGUAGGUUUGUAGAAAAACCUGUGAUGGCUUUGUGGAAACAGCUGGGUGCCAGAAGACAGUAGUGACAUUACAUAACUUCCAAACAGAUGUGUAUCACCAUAGACUGGCAAAUUAAAAUCUGCUUUUAUUGUUGUUAUUAUUAUUGAUUCUUAAGUGGUGCAUGUCAAGUGGAGCCAGAUUAAGCAGAGUACAGUACCUUUUACUUGAAUGGUGAUUCUGUGGGUUUUUAAUACCAGCAAAGAAAAAUGUUAAUUUAAGUUCUUAAGUUGCCUGAGAGCAAGCUUUGAACAGACGCUCAUGAGGGGAUGUUUGCAAGCUGUGGGCGUGAAGCGUUAGUCCUCAACAGAGCCUCCCUGAACAGUGAUGCAAUUGGCCACAAACUAACGUGCUGCAAUUCCACAUCUUGCCACAGGGAGGAGACAAAUAAUACUGUAUGUUGGAUGUUUAUCGGUACAGUAUAAGAGCGAGUUCGUAAGAUGAGAAAAUGUGGGGUGGGAUGAGAUUGGGGGGGGGAUUUAGUCCGUCUCUCCAUUAUUUUAGUCUGCCGUUAUUCACAAUCAGAGUAAGGGCUGUGUAAGGGCUGUCGGCAUGGAGACUGUGCUUACCUUUCAGCUUAGACAUGGGAAGAGCUGGCUGGCACAAACAAAACUGGAAAUCUUAACACUCACAUGCCUUGGUUGUACAAAUAAAUCAAUGUAGAA